GUUAUGUGCUUGAUUUUAGUAACUUUGAUCUUUAUGAAAAGGUAUUGCAUUAUAAAAAUAAGUUCACUCAUAAUGUUAGGGGGAAAUGAUGUCCUGAGUUAAUCCCAUACAGGCUUUGUGGACCCCACCCCCACUCCAGACUAAAGCCAUCAAGACAUUGGGAAAGACAAAUCCCAUCACCACCAAAGGGAGGGUGGCUGGGACCUGAGGGUGGAGUUGGGCAGCCAGGUUGGAUAUAAAAACCAAACACGUGGGCCUUGGGGGCCUCUCGAUCGCUCGCCUCCUGGCUUCACCGCUCCUGGCUGGCAGCCAACUCUCUGAGUGCCAUUUUGGGAUUCCUGAUCGGCGGAUCAGUGUGUCUGUGUCAUUCAUUCGCCUAAUCCUUGACCACUCUGCGCGAUCUCUCAACCCUGAGACGGCCUCAUCGUCUACUGCUGUGCUGGUCCGCGGCAAGUGGCGCCCAAACGUGGGUCCCGACUUCGAAUUUUGCUGAGUUUUCCACCCAAAUGGAGAGGUGAGUAGUGAAGAGAUUGCGUUGGGUAAGCUACCUCCCUACUGGUGUGUGAGUGUGAAUGUGAGCCCCUUAAACAAUACCUUCUUUCAAAAAACAGUCAAGGAUAGGAUCCUCACUGGAGCGUCCGGAGCUCGCUGAUAAAGGGUGAUCAGUUUGAGACAGUGAGAAGUGUCUCUAAGCGUAAAAGUAUACUCAUGGUGCUGUGUGUGUGUGAGAGUGCGUAGCUACGACUCCACGGCCUUUUGGCUACGGAACCUGAGUGGGCUGCACCCGCGAUUCCCGUGGAGGAACGUCAUACGGCAUAACGGUCAUCUGCUCCUCGGAGUAGCCUGGUCCGGGAUUUAUACGGACAGACCUUAGCUAAGACGCCUCCAUAAGCUCCCGCGAGGGACACGGGCCGGACAGCACAGUUGAAAGGAUAUUCUGGUUGAUUGAACAAAAGCACCACGAACUAAUGGGUCAAUUACAGACCAAAAAUAGAGAUCUUUUUCUAUCUAUACUAAAAAAUAUGAUUGAAGCAUGUGGUAUUAAAGUAAGUAAAAAAGCUUUACUGCAACUUUAUGAAUUCAUAUUACGGGUAUGCCCAUGGUUUCCAGAAGAAGGCAGUUUGUCACUAGAAACCUGGAAAAAGGUAGGAAGAGAAGUAAAAGAAUUCUAUGCCCUUCAUGGACCAUCUCAAGUCCCGACUCAGGCGCUGUCCUUGUGGGUACAGAUUAGGGAUCUGCUGGUUGAUGCCACUGAGACAGAAUUAUGGGGAAGUCAACACAAGGAUGAGGCUCAAGAUGAUCAUACAAUGAACAAAGACAUAGAAAAAACCCCACUACUUGCUCAAGCCUCCGCACCCUUAUUAGAAGAAUCCCUCUCCCACUCGGAGAAUGAGCUUAGUGAUCAUGAGUACACCGAAAUGUUAGACAGAUUAACUUUCAAAAAUGAAGAGCCCUCUAGCCCAAUUACUAAUCUUUUUCCCGUUGUUACUAGACCUAAACCUGUAUUACAUAAAAAUCUUGCUCAUGAUGGUACCCUUCGAGGACCACUAGGUGGCAUUCUAGGAUCAGCCAGAGAGGCCAGUAAGACGGGAGAUUGUUCAUUUGCCUUUGUCUUGGCCGGACCUCGGGCCUUGGCUCGCGCUGAUAACAAAGGCCCUGCAUGGGAGGCCAUCCCUAUAAAAACUCUUAAAGAAUUACAGUCAGCUGUUCAGACAACAGGACAUAGCUCCUCUUACACUUACCAAAUUAUUGAUAUGUUAUCGGCCACUUGGAUGACCCCUUAUGAUUGGCAUAAUCUUGCCAAGGCUGUUCUUCCUUCAGGAAUGUAUGUACUGUUUCGCAUAGAAUAUGAGGACCAAGUACAUGCCUUCCUCAAGGAACACGAGGAUAUGGUCAGGGCUGACAAAAUUUCUUUUUCCAUGUUCAUGGGAACAGACAAAUUUACUGAGGUACGAAGACAGGCUGCCCUCCCAAAAGAUGUACUAGUUGAGAUUAAUAGAAUGGCUGUUGCUGCAUGGAAAAAUCUACCUUCAUCUGAGCAUAAACCCACUAACCUCACUGAUAUACACCAACGCCAGGAUGAAAUGUACCAGGAUUUUGUAGCUAGGUUGGAAACUGCCUUAGAAAAAGUACUCCCACCUUCCGGAGCUCGUGAUUUGUUGAUUAAACAACUCGCAUGGGAAAAUGCUAAUUCCCUAUGUAGAAAAUUAAUUAGACCCAUAAGGAAAACUGGUACACUACAGGAUUAUAUUAAAAUUUGUUUAGGUGCUUCCCCUGCGGUAGUCCAAGGCAUUGCCUAUGCUGCUGCCAUGAAAGGUCAACCUUUCGCUGCAUUUGUACAGGCAAUGGCUCAUGGACGGCGUAACAAACAGGUUACAUGCUUCAGUUGCUGCCAGCCAGGCCAUACCUCUAAAAAUUGUCCAAACAAAACCGAGGUAAUUACUAAUUAUAAACGCGCUAAUACUGCACCAAGUCCAUGCCCUCGUUGCAAAAAAGGCAAUCAUUGGGCCAAAGAAUGUCGUUCUAAAUGGCAUAAAGAUGGUCAUAAAUUAACCCCUACUUCUAAUCAGUCAGAUGACCCAAAAAACUUCCAGAGGGGCAAGCCCUCAGCCCCGUAAAAGAAGGAGGGUCUCAUCAACAACCCCCUCAUUCCAUACCUGUCACUUAUUCCGAUCCCAUUCCCCAAGUGUUAGUUCAUGACCUUCCUCGGGGCACCCCAGGUAGCACUGGUUUAAAAAAAAAAAGGGGGGGGACUUCCACCUUCUUAAUCCCUCCCCUAUAGGAUGGACUUCUUUCAGCUUCUAUCAAGGCAACUUACAAACAUAAGGUACAAAAUGAUCUUAUAAAAAUCUUGGGGCACCUCUGGGAGCCUUUUCCCUGGUGUCCGUUUCAAUCCUGCUGGUUGGCACAGGCAGGAGAGGCUGAGUUUCAUAUUAUGACAGGAAUGUAUGUACAGGUUUGCCUCAAAUCCUAGGUCCAGCUAAUUAAUUAUACCUUUGGUAUUACAAAUUUGUCUCAUGGCAGUUUUUCAAAAGGGAGUUUAAAAUAAGUAAAUAUCAGGUUCUGGGCUACUGCCGCUUCAAGGGCUAUGACUUAAGAAAAAAAAAUCAGUUUUGCUGUCUGACAAAUGGGCAUCAUUAGAAAUUAGGUUGCAGGACUCGGUCUGUGGCUUGUGUUAAGUCUCUACUGUUCAGGUGUUUUCAGGGUCUCUUUCAUCAGAUGAGGAGAAUGGCUUAAGCUCGCUAGAAGCUUGGAAUAGGUGCCCUUUGCACAGGGACUGGAUAGGGGACGCCGGUAGGAUCCCACAAAAUCCGGUACCCCUCACUUGUCUGUUUAGAGGGAGACAGAUUAAGUUAGCAUCGGUCACGCUGGUAAGGGAGUGAUUAAGUCCAGUAGACCUUAUGCGAGGAGACUGUUAAUCACUUGCAGUUAGAGCUCCAAGUUUUGAUAGAGGGACGCCUCUGGUAGAAAGAAGCUGGUGCUGCCUUUACUCCUGCCUUCUUGUUGUGGAUGGGAGCUUCCUCAUCAGCCUUGCAAAGGGGCACGCGUCUCUCCUACAUCCUAAAGUUGAGACUAAUUUUCAGGAGUAAUUGUCUCCUAUCUCACCUGUUGCUUCUCUUAGUAAGUCACUGAGACCCAAGUCUCGACAUUUCUCCUGCAUCCUAGAGUUAAGAGCCAGUCAAAAAACCAUAAAUAUGGUCCUGGUCGGAUGGGAUGACCUCUGACUUUACUGCAGGAAUGCCCCUGCUUUGUCUCUACCCUGCUAAUGCGGGUACUUUUCUUUUAUUGCUACAGAGACCAUAAAAUGCUCUAUCUCAAUUCCAUGGGACAUGCCCUUAAGCCACAUUUUUAAGAAAACUAGCCCAAUUUGGCCAUAAAUGGCAUCUUUUCCAGCUAACCCUCCUUGGUCACAGUCAAAAAAAAAAAAAAAAUGCUGGGGACUAAUAAUUAAAGGGGCCCACUACAGCUGGCUGGUAAAAAAGACUGCCUUUGAUCUCAGCAAGCAGCUGCCUGGAUUGUUUUUUCCAGUGUUGAGAUCAUUGGUAUGUCUCUGCUGCCUUCCAGUUGUGGGGUAACUAGACUCUCCCUUUGUCCACCUUGAAAAACUGUUUUGGUUCAUGCUAGGGAAAAAGUUCUAUUUCCCUGUGUUUUUCUGAUUUUAAAGUCAAGAUUGUUAAAGGUAAAAACUGCUGAGUUACUUUGGACUUGCUAACGAGCUAUAAAAGGUGAUUUUUGGUUAAGUGACAUCUUCUAAACUGCUUAUUGGACCUGUAAAAGUUUAGUUUCUUAUUAAGACUAAUUUCUGAUAAGAGUUUGAAAACAGGCAAACUGUAAAGGAAGAUCUUAUUCUUCCUCUUCUCCUGUCCUCCCCAUACAUGGUUCUGAAAAGAAAAAAUGCCUUUUGUCUUAAAAAUGUGCUUGGUCUCAGUGUGACAAAACUAAAACAAUGUAAGGCCAAUUAAUAAUACUUAAAAAUACAAACUUAAAAUGUUUUUCUUGUCUAAGAAAGUUAGUACAAACUGCUUGACUUUAAAAUUGUUGUGGUUUUGGUUGGACCCUAGGUUUUAAGUAAGGGUUAAAAUUGGAUACUUGUUCUAUGUACGAAUUCUAACUUCUAUGUCAUUAAAAACCUGCUUGAUAUAAAAAAGAUAUUAAAAACUUGGUUAAAUGAAUGUGUCAAACAAAAAAUUGUUACUAAAGAAGGGGAGUUUACUAAACUGUAGUUUCUCAGUGUCUUUGCAAAUAUUGGUAAAAAUAACUAUAUCUUAAAAUUAAUGCACAUGGCCAAAAGUUUUAAAUGAAAAUCAAGAGAUCUCUUUGUUCUUGCUUUUUGCCUCCGGAGGAUUAAUUUUAAAUGGCGCCUAUAUAUAUAAAAAAAAUCCUAAAUUUUGAAAUCGCGAUCUACAAUUGUGGUAAAGAAAAAAAAACUAAUUCAAAAUUUAAUGGUUUAAAAAGCAUACAUGCCUUAAGGUUUUAAUGUUGGGUAUUAAUACUUCAUGUUGUUUAAAUGUGUUUACUCAUGCUAUACAAAGGGAAUAAUUAACCUGGCCUAUGCAAACAAACAAAACUUACUUCUAGGCUUUUAUCUAAACUUCUCUUGAUAAGAUCUUGUUCCAGAAAGACUGAUCUACUUGUCUUUCCCCCUUGGAGAAAACAAUAUAUUCUCCCAUUAAAUGACUAUAUUUCUUUACAAAAUUCAAGGUAACAUCUAAAGCCAUAUGGACAAGUUACUAAAAAAUGUUUAUGGUAUUAAGUGUCUAAUUUUUUUCUUGCUUUUGUCAAUCUAUCUAGUGCUUGCCUAAGAAAACUUGGUAUAUAAAAUUGUUACAGUGGCAACUCUGCAGUUGACUUAAAAUUCCAGUUCUAAGAAAAAAAAAACUAAAGCUAAACUAAGGCUUUUGCUAAGUUGAGUAAUAAACUUUGUUAAUCAUUUACUGAAAUUUCAGGUUUACAUUUUGCUCCUUAUUGCAAGGAAACUAAAGUUUAAUGUCAUCACAACAACAACCAAAAAAAAUUUGAAAAAUGUGUCUGUAAGUUGUGUAGUCUAAAGAGAUGAUAGUGUAACAGCUAUUAUGGUGUCUUACAAUACAGAGAUUGGAAACUAAGGUGUGAUAAUUCUGGAUACAAGUAAAGUAAGGUGUGUUUGUGUUUUAAAAGGAAAAAAAAAACAAAGGGAAGUGUUAAAGGUCUGAGUGAGGGAUUUUUUUUUUGACAGAAAAUUUUGUGCUCUCAAGUGACUUGCCAUAAAAUAUUUUGGUUAACUUAAAUGUCAGUUGUGCACCUGUGUGGUACCAGGCUUUAGUUAUUUUGUUAUAUAAAAUUGUUUCUUGUUGUGAAAACAAACUGAGUCAAUUUGGGUAUAUUGAUACCUCAUAGACAGUAUUCUCAUAACAUUGUUUCACCUUUUCAACAUAAAUGUACACAAAUAAAAUUAUUCUAAAAUACAUAAGACUUCUUAAAACCUAAUAAGCCAGUUAUUUCAGGCUAAAUUUACUGAGGCUAUAAAAAGGUAUACUAAUCUAGACCCUAAAAAGGACAAACAAUUUAACGGUCUCGUCUCCUUCACUAGUCAGCCUUGCUCUGACAUCAGGUGCAAACUCCAGAGAUUAAGUCAAGGGCCUAAAAUCCUUUUAAUACUUUUAAACACGGCCUUCAAGGCCUACAGUAAUAUGGAGGGGCCAGCCCUAACCUCGGGCCAGGAUGGGAGGACAGGCUUGACCGUCAGCUGCCUCUGACUAUGAAGAACCCAGUGCAGGAGAAGAUCUUCUCUGAAGAAACCCAGAGUUGAGAGAUUCCCCUGUUUACUGUUUAUAUGGACAAGCCAAUUCUUUUGACUGACCUACUGGUCAAUUGUCCCCCUCACUAGUACAAAUGUCCAGCCUGAGCCAGGACACUUUACAGCACUGCCUCGUCAAUUUUCCUGGCACUUAUUGCCAUUUUUGGCAUCUCAGUCCACACCUGUACAAUCGGCACAUUUUUGGGCUUAUGUUCCCGAGCCACCUUUUCUGCACCCGGUCCCCUGGACGGAAAACUCUAUUAUAAAAGUUUAUGUUAAUGAUACCAACCUUCUCGGUGGUUUGGCUGAUUUUCACUCUGAACACAUGGUUUCUUCCCCAAUUGAUUAUGAGGGUAUGUCUGAUGACCCUCCGCUCUGUGUCUUUGCUGACUCUGUAUCCCUCCCUGGCUGUAUGAUGCUACAUUACGUUUCCAUGCUCACUGAUGCACCACCUCGCACUCCUCCUGAAGACCAUCGAGCGAACAACAAAGACCGCAUCGUCUGGGUAUUGACGUUUAUGGCUCUGGACCAACUAACGGCGGACAAUGGUAUCUGCACCUUCUCCUCACCAUCCUUUACUCCUCCCUUUCCCAGCUGUGUUCAAAAAUACCGGGAUGUUGACCAAUUUUGGGAUUCCCUUAUUUCUUACCCAGUUUGGCUUCCACUGUGGUUUUUCUCAAGCACUGCCUAUAUCCCCUCUCAUGUCUCAGUUUACUGUGUAUGAUUUUUCAUUUGCUGUUCCAGCCUUUCACUACAGAAAGUUUUCUGUUGGAUGGGUGCCGCCCAUGUAUGUUUUUCAUCAUCACAAUAAGACUUAUUUUCAGCCUGAACUCUUUUGUCUCUUCGCGGCCUUUGAUGCCCUACACUUCAAACAACCUGGACAGAAUACCGCUGAAAUUUCGGUGCGUGCCUGCGUUGGAUACCCCUUCGCUCUACUUCUGGGAAACGCCUCAGCUACACGCAUUCAAUUACGUGGGACUUCUUACUCCAUCCAUUGUUCUGGCUGUGUUGUUACUAAUUGUAUUACCCCCUUUCUCGCUCCUCUGUAUCCGGUUGUGAUCUUACUCAAAAGACCCCCUUAUGCUAUGUUACCUGUUGAUUUACAUGAUAUGCCUUGGUAUGAUAAUACUGCCAUGCAAGUUUUGGAUGAGGUACAUGCUCUUCUUCACCCUAAACGUUUUAUUGUUGCCCUUAUUUUGGGCAUUGCUGCCUUAAUUUCCCUGGUUACUUCAUUAGCUGCUUCCUCUGUUGCUUUAAUUCAGGAAUCUAAAACGGCUUCCUUUGUAAACGACCUUACCAGAAACGUGUCCAUGGCACUCUCCACACAGAAGGAAAUCGACUAUAAGUUGGAAAGGAAAUUAAACGCCUUAGAGGAAAUUGUAAUCGCUCUUGGCGAUGAGGUUCAACUUCUCAAACAACAACUGUCUACUCGCUGCCAUGUUCAGUUUCGUUUCAUUUGUGUUACGCCUUUACGUUAUAAUUCUUCCCUGCAUUGGAAUCUUACCAAACAUCACCCAUUGGGCAUCUGGCAUGACAAAGACCUUUCUCAUGACCUCUCGUCUCUACAGUCCGAAAUUUCUGCUGUCAGUAAAUCUCAUCUUGACACUUCUGUUUCUUCCUUUGCCCAUUCUCUGGCCUCCACUUUCCAAUCUCUGACUCCCACUUACUGGUAUCAUCUUGUCCUCUCUUUCGCUGCUCUCUCUCUACUCGUUCUCCUCCUUUGUUUAUUCUCCUCUGUAUCCGCUCACUUCACAGGUCUAUCUACCGCAUCCAACGUGACAUGCAUGCUUACCAACUCCGUUCUAAAAACAAAGGAGGACCUGCUGCACCUCCCCCUGCAGUGACCUUCAGGGCUAAUGGCUUUUGCCAAGGUCCCUGAGGUCCGGCGUGGGCAAGGAACCAUGCGCGCAGGGGGAGAACAGCAAACUCCCUAAGAAACAGGUAAGACGCAUGCCUGACAAAGAUAACGACUACCAGAAGCCACCACAAGAAUGCAAAAGGGAGUGCUGACCACACAGAACCUUAUCUCACUUUCUCAGACCUACAAACUUUAUUCUACUAUCUUUAAAAACUUUUCCCCUUUUUUCUGGUCUAUGAAGGUCAUUGGCUGCUGAUUAAAAAAUACAUGUAAUCUAAUAACAAGGCUAAAUCAAAUGAAACAUUUAACUAGACUCUGUAACAAUAGAAUCAUUAGUAAUAUUCUCUGUUAUGUGCCUGAUUUUAGUAACUUUGAUCUUUAUAAAAAGGUAUUGCAUUAUAAAAAUAAGUUCACUCAUAAUAAUGAUUAAAAAUAAGUUAGUGGUAGCAAGUAGUUAGUAAAGUAAAAAUGUAAUUAUAUAGAACAAAAGAGAAAUUAAUGGCCUGCCUACUUAGGAAUGUGCUUAGGUCCAGAUGUACUUUCCGACAUAGAUCACUGCCCUGUCAAUGAUAAGCUAGACCUAUGAGCAAGCUGAUUUCACUGAUAUACGUUGUUCCUAUGCUCUUAGAAAACAUAUAUAUACUGGUCACCAACUCAAAGAAAAUUACACUCAGAUUUUCACUCUCUUGAAGUGUGUCUGUGUCAUUCAUUCGCCUAAUCCUUGACCACUCUGCGCGAUCUCUCAACCCUGAGACGGCCUCAUCGUCUACUGCUGUGCUGGUCCGCGGCAACAGUAAAAUGUAAAAUGUCCGCCACUGCUCCCCAAAACCCUCCAGCGGCUUCCGCACUGGAUCAUAAAAA